CUGAUGCAGAAAAAGGACUUCCCAAGCAAGCAGUUCUUUAUUGUAUUUGUUAUAAAGCCAGAGGACUAUGCCUGUGGGGGUUCGAUGCCAGCCUCGGUUCAAGGAACAGCUAACAGCACAUUGCUCCACAAGCGAAUCAAGACGUUUGAAGUGACAGUUACACCUUCAGUUAAAGGUUCCUGGCAGUAUUUCUGGGUCUUCACAGGAUCAGCCUCAGACAGAUCAGUCAGCUCUGCACAGAUCCGUUCUCUUAAGAUUAGGACCCAUUCUCUUCCCUCAGGUUCUGUUUACGUGCGUGCCAUCCUUUUCAGCUUUCUGAGCUUCUUCUCAUUUUAUCUGGUUGCACUGCUGGUGGCAUUUGUGCAGUGUAUCAGGAGUCAUAGGAAGACUUCAGCUGGAGGACACAGUCCCAAUGAUGGAUUUGGAACUGUGGCUGCCUCUCAUCCUAUCACUGCCAGCACCCCAGAGGGAAGCAGCUACGGAGCUAUUGAUGAGUCAAGCUCCAGCGGAGGCCAGCAGUUAUCAUCUCUGGAGCACAGGCCACCUUGCGGCUCUGAAACAGACAGCUCUGUGGAAGAAGAAAGUGACUUUGAUACCAUGCCUGAGAUUGAAAGUGACAAGAACGUCAUCCGCACCAAGAUGUUCCUCUAUCUGUCUGAUUUGUCCAGGAAGGACCGGAGAAUUGUCAGCAAAAAGUAUAAAAUCUAUUUUUGGAAUAUCAUCACGAUUGCUGUCUUCUAUGCUCUCCCUGUGGUCCAGCUGGUGAUUACGUACCAAACGGUGGUGAAUGUGACUGGGAAUCAGGACAUCUGCUAUUAUAACUUCCUUUGUGCUCAUCCACUGGGGGUCCUAAGUGCUUUUAACAAUAUCCUCAGCAACGUGGGCCAUUUGCUGCUGGGCUUCCUGUUCCUGCUGAUUGUAUUGCGUCGAGACAUUCUCCACAGACGCUCCUUGGAAACCAAAGACAUCUACGUAACGGAAUAUGGGAUCCCUAAGCACUUUGGUCUCUUCUAUGCCAUGGGCAUUGCUUUGAUGAUGGAAGGUGUCCUCAGUGCUUGUUAUCAUGUCUGCCCCAACUACUCUAAUUUCCAGUUUGACACGUCCUUCAUGUACAUGAUUGCAGGGCUGUGCAUGCUAAAGUUGUACCAGACUCGCCAUCCUGACAUCAACGCUAGUGCCUACUCUGCCUACGCAUCUUUUGCAGUGGUCAUUUGCCUCGCUGUCCUUGGAGUGGUUUUUGGAAAAAAUGCUUUGUGGUUUUGGAUCUUCUUUUCAGUCAUCCAUAUUGUGGCCUCACUUGGCCUCAGUACGCAGAUCUACUACAUGGGUCGUUUCAAGAUAGACCUGGGGAUUUUCCGACGUGCCAUUAUGGUGCUGUACACAGAUUGCAUCCAGCAGUGCAGCCGACCGAUGUACAUGGACAGAAUGAUCCUGCUUGUUGUUGGGAACCUUGUGAACUGGUCUUUUGCCAUUUUCGGACUGGUUUAUCGACCUAAGGACUUUGCCUCAUACAUGCUGGGCAUCUUUAUCUGUAAUCUUCUGCUGUAUCUUGCCUUUUACGUUAUUAUGAAGCUCCGGAACGCAGAGAGGCUCUUGCCCAUCCCCCUGUUCUGUAUCGUGGCCACAGCUGUGGUUUGGGCUGCAGCCCUUUAUUUCUUUUUUCAAAACCUUAGCAGCUGGGAGGAAACUCCAGCAGAAUCCCGGGAGAAAAACCGCCCAUGUAUACUUCUGGAAUUCUUUGAUGACCAUGAUGUUUGGCACUUCCUUUCAGCAGCUGCCUUGUUCUUCUCCUUCUUGGUCUUACUCACGCUGGAUGAUGACUUGGACUCUGUGCGGAGAGACAAGAUACUGGUCUUCUGAGCAAGAAUAGCAAUGAAGCAGCACACAGAAACACUGUCCCAUCAGCCAGAACCAGAACACAGAAACCUGCUUAAUUGAUGGGUGUAUCUGUAAGGCUUUUCCUUGUCACUGGGUGGCUCAGAGGGGCAAAGAAAUUUAUGCAUCUACCCUUCAGGUCUUUUCCAGAAGACAUACGCAUUUUUAAAGUUCCCAAUAUAUUAUUUUGUUCUCAGUUUGUGACGUUUCUUCCAGAUGCACACUGAUUUUUUAAAAUAGUUCUUUUAACUGUUUGAACUAUCAACAUUAGAUUGAC